AUGGAAAGCAGCAUAACUGCCACCGCGGCAUCCCCCGAGGCUACAGCAAGAACCAUACCUGGAGAGAAGAAUGGCGGCAAUGAUGCUGUAGAGACUGAAGUUAGCAUGGGAGACGACAUUGAUCCCGCGGAUGAGGUUCGGGGCCUCAAACUGGUAGUGAUCCAUCUAGCCAUCUGCCUCUGCACCUUUCUUGUUGGGCUAGACUUCAACCUCAUCGCGACUGCUGUGCCCGUCAUCACGACUGAGUUCGGUUCGACCCGAGACAUCGGCUGGUAUGGCGCCACCUUCAUGGUCGCAAUGUGUGCGAGCCAACCACUCGCAGGCAAGAUAUAUACCCUCUUUCCCAAGAAGACUACCUACCUCAUGUACCUAUUCGUAUUUGAGCUGGGUAGCCUCGUGUGCGCUCUGUCACCCUCUUCGCACGCCCUGAUCGCGGGCCGCGCUGUCGCCGGUCUCGGUGCUUCCGGGCUCCUUGCCGGCGCCUUCACCAUCAUCACCACCAUCAUCCCACUGCACAAGCGGGCCAACGUCACUUGGCGAUGGUGCUUCUAUAUCAACUUGCCUAUCGGUGGCGCCGCCGCUGCCAUUUUCUUCUUUCUCGUUCAUAUUCGCCCAGCCGAAACUGCAAAUAGACCAAUCGCGGCCAAACUGCAAAGCCUAGACGCGCUGGGCCUCGCAUUGUUCGCUGGGUCGAUUACCAUGCUGUUGCUGGCGCUGCAAUGGGGUGAUGUCGAAUACGCCUGGUCUUCUUCAGUCAUCAUUGGCCUAUUCGUGGCCUUUGGAUUGACUAUGAUCCUCUUCGUCUUCUGGACGCUCCAUCGACAAGAGAACGCCUUGAUCCCGCCACGGAUAUUCACAGUGAACCGAAAUCCGGCUUUACUCUGUGCAGCAGCGUUCUUCGUGAAUGGGCCCUUCCAAGUCAUCAUCUACUGGCUGCCCAUUUGGUUUCAAGGCGUCCUUGGCGUGUCGCCAACACGUAGCGGUGUGAACUUCUUUCCUACAGUGGUUUCGGACGUCCUAGCCGCCUUCAUAGGAUCGGCAAUGGUCACGCAAAUUGGCUGGUGGAACCCCUUCCUGAUAGUCGCAGAAGCUUUCGUCUGCAUUGGGGGUGGACUGUUGACGACCAUAUACCCUGAGAUAUCAGCGGCGCAUUGGAUCGGGUACCAGAUCUUCGGAGGCAUUGGCUACUCGCUAGCAUCCAACUUGUCGCACCUCGCCAUGCAGUCCUCACUCCCACAGGAUCUUGUUCCGCUUGGGGCCUCGACGCUGCUUUCCGUCAUAUCGACCAGUUGCGCCAUCUUCAUGGCUAUCGGCCAGACAGUCUUCCAGAAACAACUCCAGGCGAACUUGGGUGCGGUUGUAUCAGAAGAUCUGGUAGAGAAGAUCAUUGACGCGGGCGUCACAAACAUCGGCUCACUCGUCGACGCGUCUGAGUUGUCCGCAAUCAUUCACAUGUAUAGCAAAUCCGUCACACAAGUCUUCUAUAUUCCUGCAUCUGCGCCGGCCAUCGCGUUCAUACUGCUGCUUGGUUGUAAGUGGAUCUCGACGAAGAGUAAGCAAAGCGCGGCGGUGGUGGCUGAGUCUGGCGAAACGAAGAAUGCGGAUUAG